AUGGCUCUUAAUUCAUAUCCUUCAAUCCAGCAGAGGCUUAUCUUUGCUAGCAAGCAGCUAGAAGAUGGCCGCACUCUUUCUGAUUACAACAUCCAUAAAGAUUCCACUCUGCACCUGGUCCUGAGCCUGAGAGGUGGCAUGCAGAUCUUCGUGAAGACCCUGACUGGCAAGACCAUCACCCUGGAGGUGGAACCCAGUGACACCAUCGAAAAUGUGAAGACCAAGAUCCAAGACAAAGAAGGCAUCCCCCCUGACCAGCAGAGGCUUAUCUUUGCUGGCAAGCAGCUGGAAGAUGGCCGCACUCUUUCUGAUUAUAACAUCCAUAAAGAGUCCACUCUGCACCUGGUCCUGCACCUGAGAGGUGGCAUGCAGAUCUUCGUGAAGACCCUGACCGGCAAGACCGUCACCCUGGAGUUGGAGCCUAGUGACACCAUCGAAAAUGUAAAGGCCAAGAUCCAAGAUAAAGAGGGCAUCCCUUCUGACCAGCAGAGGGAUGCCCUCUUUAUCUUGGAUCUUAUCGUUGCCGGCAAGCAGCUAGAAGAUGGCCGCACUCUUUUUGAUUACAACAUCCAGAAAGAGUCAACUCUCCACCUGGUUCUCCAUCUGAGGGGUAGAUGUUAAUUCUUCAGUUUUGAAUUCAUAGUGCCCAAUGAUGGCAUUGCUCUGCACUAUAGCCAUUUUGCCCCAAUUUAAGUUUAGAAAUUACCAGUUUCAGUAAUAACUAAGUCACUGGUUUUCUCAAUAGCUGUUCAAAAUGUUAAUAAAAGUUUUGUUGCAUGGUAGCAU